AAGUGUUACAAAUGGCUCAGUGGAAUUUUUGAAAUUUAUGGGUACUAUGGGUACUAUGGGUACUAUGGGUACUAUGGGUACUAUGGGUACUAUGGGUACUAUGGGUACUAUGGGUACUAUGGGUACUAUGGGUACUAUGGGUACUAUGGGUACUAUGGGUACUAUGGGUACUAUGGGUACUAUGGGUACUAUGGGUACUAUGGGUACUAUGGGUACUAUGGGUACUAUGGGUACUAUGGGUACUAUGGGUACUAUGGGUACUAUGGGUACUAUGGGUACUAUGGGUACUAUGGGUACUAUGGGUACUAUGGGUACUAUGGGAACUAUGGGUACUAUGGUGGAAUUUUUGAAAUUUAUGGGUACUAUGGGUACUAUGGGUACUAUGGGUACUAUGGGUACUAUGGGUACUAUGGGUACUAUGGGUACUAUGGGUACUAUGGGUACUAUGGGUACUAUGGGUACUAUGGGUACUAUGGGUACUAUGGGUACUAUGGGUACUAUGGGUACUAUGGGUACUAUGGGUACUAUGGGUACUAUGGGUACUAUGGGUACUAUGGGUACUAUGGGUACUAUGGGUACUAUGGGUACUAUGGGUACUAUGGGUACUAUGGGUACUAUGGGUACUAUGGGUACUAUGGGUACUAUGGGUACUAUGGGUACUAUGGGUACUAUGGGUACUAUGAGUACUAUAGGUACUAUGGGUACUAUGGAUCACAUGAAGGGGAGUCAAUUGUUGCAAGUGUUCUCUCAAUUGGUCUCGUUGUUGUGGGCUCUGAAAUUAAAAAAAACUAA